AUGCUGAGAUCUGUGAGUCAGCGCCUCCUGGGUGCGUCGACGCCGUUGCUAACGCCGCGGCAGACCUACAAGAACCUGGUUGUGUCAGACACGCUCAAGCAGUUGGAGUGUCAAUGCGAGCAGUACACCCCGCCUCGACGCCCCUCGCAAAAGGUGACAGUAGUAGGCGCAGGCAGCGACGUCGGCCGGAUAGCAUGCCUGUUCCUCAAACAACAGCAGGUGGUGAAGAUAUUGGCAAUGUACGAUGAGAUACCGGCGAGAAAGGUGCUUGGUGCGGCGCAUGAUCUUGCUCACAUUGACACCACCGCAGCCGUGCAGGCGUUCCAAGGACGCGCCUACUUGAAGAAAGCUCUUUAUGACGCGGACGUCGUGCUGAUCUGCGGCGGGUGCUACGUGAUGCCGCCGAUGUGCAACACGCUGGACCGCGACCUCUUCUUCCAGAACAUGCAGUUUGUGCGCACCGUCUGUUUGGCGUGUGCGCACUUCUGUCCACAAGCCAUAAUAUGCGUGCAGACCCCUCCCGUCGACUGCAACUUCACGCUGUGCAAACAUACCCUGAAGCAAUACCGAGUGUACGACAAGCGGAAGUUGCUGGGCGUCAACUCUAUCAAUGCGAUGCGCGCCAACCAGCUGUACUCGGCCAUCGUGGACACGGACCCCACGGGUUCCGUCGUGCCCGUGGUCUGCGGCACUGGCCGCUGCACCAGGGUGCCGGUCUUCAGCGCUACCAAGUCAUACUACUGUAUACCGCCGAAACAACUUCCGUGCCUGGUGCGUCUAGUACGCGAAGCUGACGAAAUCAUCUGCCGCGUGAAGAGCAACAAUGAGCAGGGACACCUCUCUAUCGGCUUCUCCACCGCGCGCUGCGUGGUCAGCGUCAUGUCGGGUCUGAUAGGGAAGCCAUCUUUCGUAGACAGCGCUCUAGUGGAACAGGACGACCCGGGGGCAUGUUACGGCAUGAAGAUAUGCUCCUGCCCUCUGAAGAUGGGCAAGUCUGGCAUCCAGGAGUACAUGAUACCCAAACUCAAUGACGAGGAGAAAGCUCUACUGGAAGAUAGCAAAUGCGAUUUCAACGACAUGUUGAAUCUGGGCCGUUGUUACGCGGUAGGUGAUGAGUACCAGGUGAACCCUUGCAAGUUUUGUCCCUGCUACAUACCACCACCGUGCGAGACCUGCAAGCCGUGCCGCCCGUACAAGAAGAGGGACUCGUCUUGAAUACUGCUGGACUCGUCCUGAAUACUGCUGGACUCGUCCUGAAUACUGCUGUCAUCAAGUCUGUAACGUACGGAGCAAUAUCAAAGAAGAGAUGGCUGGUUUAUUUCACUACCAUUACAUAAAUAGCCUACAUAUGUCGCACUGGUGGGCACAGGAAUACCCUCAAUCAACCAGAGGGGUUACGGAGCAUACUCCACGACGCUGCUCCACUCUGUUGGUGGCGGUGUUUGGGCUUGCUAGCCGUAUUCCGAAGUACGGAAUCAUCUUUAACUUUUCCGAAAAAUUAGGUGAUUCACGCUUGCAAUGUCCUAGCCAAACAAAACGCAGUCACAUUGCGAAUGUUAGCCUUACUGGAAUAACGGACAAUCAAGUUGCUCUAGGGUUUUCAACUGACAAAUGAUUUAACCUAACAUAAGAGUCAGUCAACAGCCGAAACCGAACGACAUUAUGUGUCCUCAAGCAAUUUGACGUUAUGUGGGAAAGUUGUAGGUCUUUUUAUUGAAAUUUAUACAAAUGCAGGUCACCUACUUAAAAAUGCGUUAGGUAAUUUGAAAUUGCGUGUAGAAAAACAGGCGACAAAUUAGUCCGUACACUUUAACGAUAAAUUCUAGUAUUAAUUCUGCAUAAAUAAAUGUUACGAGGCUUUUAUUUAAGGACGACGAUAAUACUUAUGUUAGUUAUUACAAGUUCUGGAGGGUUACAAAGACCGCAACGAAGCAAUUCAUCUAAAAAAGAAAUAUUGCAAUUUGUCAUUUUGCGCAUAUAAGUAAAAAAGUAAGUGCGCAAUGCAAACAAAUGUCAAAUAGCAAUAUUGUUUUCUUAUAUGAAUUGCAACAAUGUGGCCUUUUUAUACCCCCUGUUUUUUAUUAUAAAUGGGACUUGUUUAUAAUUUUUGUGUCUAUAAUUUGUUUGUAUCGUGUCCAAAAUAUUUUGGUUUCUGUAAACAUUGUUUGACAAAUAUACCGGUCCUGUUUGGCACCAAAAUAUUUUCAAAUGCUAGUGUGAAACUAUGUGAUAUUGUUGGCACAGUUGUAUACAAAUAUUACCAAACAUUUGUUAAACAUAAUUAUGUAAGUGAAGU